AUCAUACAAUUUUGUUUCUUCUUCAUCUUCUUCAUCAUCAUCUUCUUCCCCGUGAUUCAUUCUUACGAAACUAUCCGACAAAAUCUCCUUCUUUUUAUAUCUAUCUGAUUAUAAUACAAUAGCAUGUGUGGAGGUGCGAUCAUUUCCGAUUACUUACCGGCGGAAACGCGUUCUCGCCGCCUCACUGCCGACUUCUUAUGGCCGUCCGUUGCCAAUAAGAACCUCCGCUCUAAGCCGCCGCUUCAAUCUCAGACUCUCAAGGUCGAUGACGACUUUGAGGCUGAUUUUCAGGAUUUUAAGGAUUACCCAGAUGAAGAUGAAGAGGUUCAAUUUGCUUUUUCCACCGUCAAACCUGCCCCUAAAUCAUCAUCAUCUUCUAAACCUGAGGAGUUCAAAGGCCUAACUGAAACAUGUGAAAAAAGAAAGAGGAAGAAUCAGUAUAGGGGUAUCCGCCAACGUCCAUGGGGUAAAUGGGCUGCUGAAAUCCGUGACCCAAAGAAAGGAGUUAGGGUUUGGCUAGGUACAUUUAACACUGCAGAAGAAGCUGCAAGGGCAUAUGAUGCUGAGGCAAGGAAGAUACGUGGAAAUAAAGCUAAGGUUAAUUUCCCUAUUGAAGCUCAACAGUCUGGUGGUCCUAGGCCUACUGUUAAGGCGAAUUCUCAAAAGUACAUGCAGACUCACUCAAACAAUAAUGACUUCAAUGGUUAUGGUGGUAUCCCUGUUGUUGAAGAGAAACCCAUACUUAAGUCUGGGUCUGGGUUUUCACCAGAUCCAUCGGCACUUUACUUCAGUUCUGAUCAGGGAAGUAAUUCCUUCGAGUGUUCUGAUUUUGGCUGGGGAGAUUAUAACGUGAAGACCCCUGAUAUAUCUUCGGUUCUGUCAGCUGUUGCAGAAGGUAAUGAAAAUUUCUUUGUUGAGGAAGAUGCAAACUCUCCUUCUAAAAGGCUGAAAUCUAUCCACGAGGAUCAUGUUGUUGUUGCUGCACCUGUUAAAGAAACUACAGAGAAUGACUUUUCAAACAAUCUUUCUGAAUUUGAGUCGCAAAUGAAGUUCUUCCAGAUCCCAUACCCUGAAGUGAACUGGGAUGUCUCAGUUGAUACUUUCUUGAAUGGGGAGGCAACUCAAGAUGCUGGUAAUGAAAUGGAUCUUUGGACCUUUGAUUCCUUCCCCCUCCUCUAGGUAGAAAACGAGCUUAUUGAGCAGACACAUAUAUAGCCCCUCUUGAUGGGCUUCUCUAUUGAAUGGUUUCGAGAGGGAGACCCUAAGAGUAAAAACGCAUGUAUGCUGCUGCUUAUGAGCCCUUCAAUUGUUAUUAUAUUUUGCUCGUAUAGGUAAUGAGGAAAACAUUGAACUCUGAAACCUUAAAUUUUAAGAAUCUGAACUUUGAUAUUUGUAUGGAUGGAUGUUGGCAUGUGCCUAAACUUAAUCAUGAUGAAUUCCAGUAUGUUAAGACUAUUUGUGUUU